AUGGACACCAAGCUUCGCUGGGACUACCACCGCGAGAAGGUAGAAGCGGGAGCAACGAAGCGACUGUCGGCUCUGUCAGCACUCGCUUCCUUAACAUGGGGCACAGGGGCCACCAAUCUCCAGCAUGUAUACCGUGCAAUGGUCGUGCCCCAGAUGCUUUAUGGCUGUUCGGCAUGGCACAUCCCUGGAAACAGCUACACAAGCAGAGGAUACGCUAUGACGAGUACUAUCCAGAGGAUUCAGAGACGUGCAGCUCAGAUCAUCACAGGGGCCUUUUGGACAACGGCCGGUGCAGCAGUUGACGUUGAAUCUCAUCUACUCCCGGUGCAACAGCAACUCGAGCAAACCGCGUUGGAAGCCACGAUGCGCAUUAGAACGACACCACGCCGGGCACCUUCUAUGAUUCAGGUUUCUUCAGCGCAAGUCACGUGUAUCCAUCCAAGCUUGCGGCGACAUGAAUUAUGA